GAGGCCAUCUAUCAGUCUGUGAUGAGGUGUGUCGUGGUCAAAGUCAAGAAACCAAAGGUUCCACCUAAAUCCCACGUGAUCUGCAACGAGUCUUCAAUGACAAUCCUGGUGGAGAAAGCUACCCUCCCUCCAGUCAAUGAGGAUGAUCUGCAGCUCAAUGACCCCUCAAACACCGACUGCAACCUGAAGUCCAACAGCACCCACAUCUUUUGUGUCGUCCCCCUCAGCCAGUGUGGCACUCAGAUCAAGGAGGAUGACGACAACCUCGUUUUCACGAAUGAAAUCACCACAUCUGAAGGCACAAACGAUAUGAUCACCAGGAAGAACCUGCUGGAGGUGGAGUUCUCCUGCAAGUACCCCAAACGUGGCAACGUGUCGCAGAACUUCUCGGUUCACAGGAAGAACAUCACCGUGUUUGAGAAGGGCAUGGGUGAAUUCACCUACACGUUUGAGUUCUACGAGGACGACAGCUACCAAGACAUGAUCGAUCCAGAAUCGUACCCUCUGGAGGUGACAAUGGAGAGCAAGCUCUUCAUGAAGAUAGAGGCCACAUCUUCACUCGACAACACUGAGUUGUUUGUGGAGUCCUGCAGGGCUUCACCGUACGACAACCCCAACUACCACAAAACCUACAGCAUCAUCACAGACGGGUGUAACGUGGACCCGACUGUCAACGUCUAUCCCAUUGCCAACAAAAAUCAUUUUGAGUUCAGCAUGGAGGCCUUCAAGUUCAUCGGCACGUAUGAGCAGGUGUACAUCAGCUGUUCAGUGAUCAUGUGUGAAGCUGGAAACUUAAACACCAGGUGCUCACAGGGAUGCAUGAAGUCUCCAUCCAGCCCCCUUUUCGUGAAAAGAGAGACCGCCAUCCAGAGUGGAAAGCACUCCGUUUCCCAGGGUCCUCUGCGCCUGAAGAGGUCAGCCGAGAACAGCAACAGCUCAGCCAUCGCCCUGAACCUGGCGUUCAUCGCUGGAUGUGUCCUGGCUGCUGCUGGCAUGAUUCUUGGAGUGGUCAUGUACAAAGCCAAGGCGUCAAAGAUCUGAUGAGGCGGUCAGAAGCAAAGCGGUCCAACCCUCAAAACAUCCAAACUGAGUUGAAGAUCAUUUCGGGAAUAUUUGAAGGUCUAGAUUUUAGUGACAAAGCGCUCGAACCCACAACCCAAAUACAGCGUUACAGUGGAAUCUCAGACCGUUGUUGAAAACACUAAACUAACUCCAGAAAGCGGGUCAAACCUAUCUGCUUCCAAACCCUUCAAACACCAACCACUGCCUGCUUCUGAGACGCCAGCGUGUGCACAAUUCACACGCUACAUUAGAACACAAACUCUGCUCUCAGAUUUGGGACUUUCAUGGGUCGACUUCCGUGCAUCUAAAUCAUGAUUUUUCAUUAACCUCUUGAGAAACUUUUACAAUCAGUUUGUGGGAAAGUAAACAAAGUGAUUUUUCUCUGAAAUGGAACCAGAAGGAUGAUGAGCUAGUGCUGCAGCUGAUUGUUGGAAGUGUGUGUCUUUAAACUGUUUCUACUAAAUAAUAUUACUCUACUGAUUGUUUCCAGUCAGGAUUAUUCCUGUUUCCUAUUUUUUAUUUCUGUCUU